AUAAAAGAAAAGGUGAGAGGCGGAGUUUCGUAACAUCACAUGUCAGAUCUAGUAGGAUAGCGGUGCGCUCCCAGCCUGACUGCUCACUGUACCGGUGGAAACAGCAGGGUAGCGCGCGAGGAGGGAAAGCGGCCGCUCAGUGCCGUUAACUACAGAGUCCAAGAUCUGCAAGUAGACUCUCGUUGCGAACUGAGUCACAGCAAGAAAAGCCUAAAACUUUUUUGUAUCGCUUCCGUAUUUCAAAAUGGCUGACCCUGUGCGAGAGAACAACGACGAAGAAGGGGGCGAGCGUAUGAGGGGUUUCGCAAGACAAGGUGCCCUCAGACAGAAGAAUGUGCACGAGGUGAAAAACCACAAGUUCAUCGCGCGCUUCUUCAAGCAGCCGACUUUCUGCAGCCACUGCACGGACUUCAUCUGGGGGUUCGGUAAGCAAGGAUUUCAGUGUCAAGUGUGCUGCUUUGUGGUGCACAAGCGCUGCCAUGAAUUCGUCACCUUCUCCUGUCCCGGCGCGGACAAGGGGCCUGCAUCCGAUGAUCCGCGAAGUAAGCACAGGUUCAAGGUGCACACCUACUCCAGCCCCACCUUCUGCGACCACUGCGGCUCGCUGCUCUACGGGCUCAUCCACCAGGGCAUGAGAUGCGACCACUGUAUGAUGAACAUACACAAGCGGUGUGUGGCCAACGUGCCGAGUCUGUGUGGGACAGACCACACCGAGAGGAGAGGCCGCAUCUACAUCACUGCCGAAAUCAAGAACAAUGUGCUGAAAGUCAGCAUCAAAGAGGCUAGGAACCUGGUUCCCAUGGACCCUAACGGCCUGUCGGACCCGUAUGUAAAGCUGAAGCUCAUUCCGGAUCCGAAGAGCGAGACCAAGCAGAAAACCAAGACCGUUAAGUGUUGCCUGAACCCAACGUUCAACGAGUCUUUUACAUUUAAUCUGAAGGAGUCCGAUAAGGACCGCAGGCUGUCGGUGGAGAUCUGGGACUGGGACCUGACCAGCCGGAACGACUUCAUGGGCUCCCUGUCCUUCGGCAUCUCUGAGCUGCAGAAGAACGGCGUGGACGGCUGGUUUAAGAUGCUGAGUCAGGAAGAGGGGGAGUACUUUAACGUUCCUGUCCCACCGGAGGGGGAGGAGGGAAAUGAGGAGCUCCGGCAGAAGUUUGAGAGGGCCAAAAUUGGUCCAGCCACAAAGAAGAUGGACAGCUCCUCCUCCAAUGCCAUCUCUAAAUUCGACAGCAAUGGCAACCGUGACCGCAUGAAGCUCUCCGACUUCAACUUCCUCAUGGUGCUGGGGAAGGGCAGCUUUGGGAAGGUGCUGUUGGCAGAGCGUAAAGGGGUGGAGGAGCUGUAUGCCAUAAAGAUCCUGAAGAAGGAUGUGGUGGUCCAGGAUGACGAUGUGGAGUGCACCAUGGUGGAGAAGAGGGUGCUGGCCCUGUCCGGCAAACCGCCUUUCCUCACCCAGCUCCACUCCUGCUUCCAGACCAUGGACCGCCUGUACUUUGUGAUGGAGUACAUUAACGGUGGGGAUCUGAUGUACCAGAUCCAGCAGGUGGGGAAGUUUAAGGAGCCGCACGCUGUGUUCUACUCAGCAGAGAUUGCCAUUGGCCUGUUCUUUCUGCAUCUGAAAGGGAUCAUUUACCGGGACCUGAAGCUGGAUAACGUGAUGCUGGACUGCGAGGGUCACAUCAAGAUCACCGACUUCGGCAUGUGCAAAGAGAACAUGUUGGAGGGAGUGACCACCAAGACCUUCUGCGGCACACCUGAUUACAUCGCCCCCGAGAUCAUCGCCUACCAGCCGUACGGCAAGUCGGUGGACUGGUGGGCGUUCGGCGUGCUCCUGUACGAGAUGCUGGCCGGGCAGCCCCCGUUUGACGGAGAGGAUGAGGACGAGCUGUUCCAGUCCAUCAUGGAACACCACGUGUCCUACCCCAAAUCCAUGUCCAAGGAGGCGGUGGCCAUCUGCAAAGGGCUGAUGACCAAGCAUCCUGCCAAGAGGCUGGGCUGCGGGCCGGAGGGGGAGCGGGACAUUAAGGAGCACGGCUUCUUCCGUUACAUGGACUGGGAGAAGCUGGAGAACAAGGAGGUCCAGCCGCCAUUCAAACCUAAAGCAAAAAACCGGAAAGACACAUGUAACUUUGACAGGGAGUUCACCAAGAUGCCCACCGACCUGACACCCACGGACAAGCUCUUCAUCAUGAACCUGGACCAGGAUGAGUUCCUGGGCUUCACCUACACCAACCCAGAGUACGUCGUCCAGGUGUAGCUGCGCUGGGUUUCCACCAGGUUGUCGCUGUGUGUGUGUGUGUGUGUGUGUGUGUCUGCAUUCAUGCGUGUCUUUCCAUAUGUUUGUGUGUGUGUGUCUGUGUGUGCGUGGGUGUGUUUGUGUGUUGAGCGAGCGUGUGUGCAUGUGUGUUUGUUUGUACUCAGGGGGCUAUGACCUCACUGGGGGAUUGGCAGGAACCCACCAAAGGGCUCCUGGGAUUCCUACUGCCGUAGAGAUGCAAUGCAUUCAGAUAGUCACGCUUUCAUUCAGCCCCGCCCCCUCAUAUCAUUCGACCACCUUUGAUUGGCUGGCCCAGGUUGAAAGCUCUGAACAGGCCGAGAAUGGCCAGCCUCUGGGGCAGUGUCGGCAGCACAGGAGAGGUCAGGUGGAAAGGGGGUUUUUCGCAGCCUUUACUGGACCGUUCUUCUCUCCUGGGUUUUUAUGGUUUUUAUCUUCGCGUUUUUGUACAUUAAUCAACAGCUCAAUUCACCAGGCCGCCAUUGCACUGCCAUGAGUCAAGCGACAAAAUAAGACGCAAUGCUAAAAAUAACAAAAUGUAUGAAACAUCUACUAUAAGCAUGACCAGCCCAGGCGAAAAGCAGUCCGGUGCCCAGUUAUUUAUGUACGGAACGUUUGCUUUCACGAUUGGCUGAUUAACUGUUGUGCCUGUUACUCCAAAUCCACCACAUGAAGAAGCCAACACUGAGAAUAAUAUUCCAUCCGUUUAGUUAUCCUGGGUCAUUUUCAGGCAAAUCCACACCCCACCUACGCCAGACAAGGAUAGGCAUAUUCGCGCAAUGUUAGCGUUUUAACAUCCGGUAGGCUAAUCUAUAAAGCGAUAUCAUGAAGUAGUCAAAUUAAUGACACAUUCUUUAAAUGUAAAUGUAAUACGGUAUUAUAGACUUAUAUUUAUUACAUCUCUUUAUAUGUGUAGAUACAUAUGUUACAUAAAUAUUAUCUAUCAGAGAGGGGUCAUAUUGAUACAUUUUACAGCAUUUUAAAUCUGUAUUUUGAAUAAAUGCAAGGACGCUAAUUGAACCCAAAAGUGAGCAGCAGUCUCAAUGGUCUUAUGAAAGAGCCAAUGGAAAGAUGAAGUCUUCUGAUUUAAAAGCCUCUUUUGCCCUGGGAAUUGCAUGUGUGGCUGAGCUCGGUUUUUGAACGAAGUGCAGAAUUCUUUUGGUGUUCCUAAUCCACUGCAGCACUCCCACAGCUGAUUCUGUAUCUGUGCAUGUGCAUGUGUAUGUGUGUGUCUGUAUGUGUGUGUGUGUGUGUGUGUAUGUGUGAUUUUCUAUCUGUGUGU